UUCCAAUUGGUGCUUAUGUUAAAGUAGAGAGAGAACGAGGUGGAUGUGAUGAAUAUUCCUUAUUAUGCACGGUACCAGAUGAUCUCAGUGAAAAGAUAUUAAACACAGUAAUGACUAGUAAAUCCACCAAGAAGACMUACAAAGUGAAGGRCAUGGUCGGGAAAACUGUUGGCCGCAUGCAGUAUUUCCUUAACAAGACUAUUGUGGAAUUACUAGAGGAGAACRGAGUWUCGGCUGUGACAGGCGUUGUGACUGGCAURCCUACAAUAAGUAGAAAACCUUCAGUGAAUGACAAAUGGGUUCGCAAUCGAAAGACUGGCGGAGGAGCAAUCAUUCCAUGCACAUGGGUGCUUAAAGUAUCAAAUAAYACUGAGCCAGAGAGAAUUGUUGAAGUUUUGAAGGCUCGUUUGCCAGAUUGUGAGGGACAUGAGAAUAUGGAAGUUACGAUAAGAAAUGGAGACGUUGGGAUUGCUGCAAAGUGA